AUGGUGGCUGCCUCUUCCUGUUACGCCUAUUUGGACUUUAGGCCUUGCAAUCACCACUACAACAACAAUACUAUUGCCUUGUCUUCUCUCUUCGGAUCUAAUACUCUUUCUCUGUAUCGAAACCAGAGUAGACUGAACCGAGCUACUAGCUCCGGUAGAGCCACCAUGGCUAUUGCUAUGGCUAUGGAGAAUGACAAGAAACCCCCUAUUGAGAAGCGACGUGUUGUAGUGACAGGCAUGGGAGUUGAAACAUCAUUAGGUCAUGACCCUUAUACCUUUUACGAGAAUUUGCUACAAGGCAACAGUGGUAUUAGCCACAUUGAAGAUUUUGAUUGUUCUGACUUUCCCACGAGAAUUGCUGGAGAGAUCAAAUCUUUCUCAACUGAAGGAUGGGUUUCUCCAAAACUGUCUAGGAGGAUGGACAAGUUCAUGCUCUAUCUUCUCACAGCUGGCAAGAAAGCUUUGGCUGAUGGUGGUGUUACUGAACAAGUCAUGGCUGAGUUUGACAAAGCCAAAUGUGGUGUUUUAAUUGGCUCUGCAAUGGGUGGCAUGAAGGUUUUUCAUGAGGCUAUUCAAGCUCUGAAGAUCUCUUACAAGAAGAUGAAUCCUUUUUGUGUUCCUCUUGCCACAACUAACAUGGGUUCUGCUAUGCUUGCUAUUGAUCUGGGGUGGAUGGGGCCAAACUACUCUAUUUCAAGUGCUUGUGCUACAAGCAACUUUUGCAUUUUGAAUUCAGCUAACCACAUUAUUAAAGGUGAAGCUGAUGUAAUGCUCUGUGGUGGCUCAGAUGCAGCUAUUAUUCCAAUAGGGUUAGCAGGCUUCGUGGCAGUCAAGGCUCUUUCAAAAAGGAAUAGUGAUCCUGCAAAAGCUUCACGUCCUUGGGAUAGUAAUCGAGAUGGUUUCGUGAUGGGGGAGGGAGCUGGAGUUCUGCUUUUGGAAGAACUUGAGCAUGCUAAGAAAAGAGGAGCAACUAUCUACGCAGAGUUCCUUGGUGGGAGUUUCACAUGUGAUGCCUACCACAUGACUGAGCCACACCCUGAUGGAGCUGGUGUAGUUAUAUGUAUUGAGAGAGCGUUAGCUCAUGCUGGGAUAUCCAAGGAAGAGAUAAAUUAUGUAAAUGCACAUGCAACCUCAACACCAGCUGGAGACCUUAAGGAAUACAAAGCCCUUGUUCACUGUUUUGGUCAAAAUCCUGAGCUAAAGGUAAACUCUACGAAAUCUAUGAUCGGACACUUGCUGGGAGCUGCUGGAGCUGUAGAGGCUGUCGCCACCGUGCAGGCAAUAAGAACGGGUUGGGUUCAUCCAAAUAUCAACCUGGACAAUCCAGAGAAUGGAGUGGAUACAAAAUUUCUGGUUGGUCCUAAGAAGGAGAGGUUGAACAUUAAAGCAGCCUUGUCAAAUUCUUUCGGGUUUGGUGGUCAUAACUCCAGCAUCAUUUUUGCUCCUUACAAGUGA